AUGAAGGGAGCAGUUGAUUCUGAGUAUUCGAUUAUAAAGUCCAAGUGUGUUUUCCUUGGAGAACAUGGAGCUGGAAAAACAUCAAUCAUACUACGUUUCAUGCACGAUACAUUCGAUCCAGCUUAUCAUGCUACAAUAGGCAUUGACUUUGUUUCAAAAACUCUUUGUUUCAACGAAAAAUCAAUACGUUUGCAGUUGUGGGAUACAGCUGGUCAGGAAAGGUUUAGCAGCCUCAUUCCUAGCUAUAUAAAGGAUUCAUCUGUGGCAAUCGUCGUCUAUGACGUCACAAGUCGUGAAUCAUUUGUCAGAGCUGAUAAAUGGAUCGCAGAAAUUCGCACUGAACGUCCAUCAAAAACAUUGGUUUUUCUCGUCGGCAACAAAGUUGAUCUAGAAGAUAAACGAGUUGUAACGACUGAAGAAGCAGCUAAGAAAGCCGAAAAAGAAAAUUUAUUCUUUGUUGAAACUAGUGCCAAAACAGAUUUCCAAAUAAAAAAGUUAUUUGAUGAAGUUGUAGUAGAAGUCGUUAAAAGUAUAAAUAAUUCAAAAGAAAAUGAACAUCUAAAUGGUAAUGUUGAAUUGGAUAAAGAGAAUGGAUAUUGGAAAUGUUGGUGCUUCUAA